AUGGAUCGCCCCGAGCCAGGACUGAUCAAAUGGUCCCCCAACGCCAGUCACGAUUCUUUCCUUCAUCUGAACCUACAACAUCGAGUUGUUCAGCUCUACCGUCCCACUGGCCAUGCGCAGCACGGGCGGUUCGAUUACGACAAGAUCUCGAAACACGACGAGGUCCCGCCCUUGACCACCUACGACUGGUCUCCCUCGGCACAGGGCCUGGUCGCCGUCGGCACGUCUACUGGCAUUGUCAACCUUCUGAGGGUAGAUGACGGUUCAAACGACUACAAGGAGCUCAUUCCCAAGGUGGCCCGGACCUGCCUGGCAGUGGCCUUUAACACAACCGGUCUUCUGGCUGUCGGACUGGACAGGGUCAGGAAUGACCCGUGUCUCCAUAUCUGGGACGUGAAUCGCCUCUCAACCAUCCAUGACACCGGCCCUGGCUUCCCAUCCGGCGCCCUGAUCGCCAGAGAUCCGUGGAAGCGCCUUGAACACAAUGCGUCUAUCUCGAGCAUCAAGUUCUUUGAGGACAAUCCUCACACGCUGGUCGUUGGCAUGAAGGGGUCCGGGCUGCGAAUACACGACCUCCGCGAAGGUUAUGAUUCCGUCAUCAAUUUCCAGACAAAGUGCAACAACAACCUCGCCAUCGACUACGCCGACCAGAACUACUUUGCCUCCUCUGCUCUCGACUCACCCGUCGUCAUGGUGUGGGACCGUAGGGCGCUCAGCCGGACCGUGGCGUCGCUAGCGUAUCUCGAGGCUGUCGAUGUGGACAACAUGCCACUGGGCGGCGCACUCUGCCUCUCCCAGGCGAUGGAGCUGGAGAGAGACCCCCAGGCCAGGAGCUCCAGGAGCUCUCUUAUCCGCAAGCUGGGCUACUGCCGGGACCAGAGAGGCAUGCUCGCCGUGCUGUCUCGAACUGGCCAGCUCAAGGUAUUCUCGACACAGCAGGCCGGGCACGCGCCAGGGAACACCGAGCUGGAGAGCCCCCAGCUGCUGCAGGUUCGAAGGUCUUACGAGAUGGACAACUUCUAUACCGACACGGACCGGAAAAACGAACGAAUCGUCUCAUUUGAUUGGGUCACCUCGCCCUCUCCCUGGCUGGGACCGAGACUACUCGUCCUGCGCAACAACGGGGCAUUGGAAAUUCUAGAAGCACCCUGUGUUACAAGAAUGUACCCUUACAAGUUGACCCCGUGGCAGGCACCAUACCGAGAUCUGGCAGAUGGCGAUUCUUAUCAUAAUAUCCUAAGUCUCGAAAGUAACCAGGCCAAGGAUACAUUGGGCCCGUUCGUUUUAGAAAAUUUCUUGUCAAACCUCCCAAUUUUUGGGCCGGAUAGGGCCAGUGUUGCCGCCAUGGCUGAUAGGGCCCGAGGCGAUUUCACGGCCGAUCAUGGGCGGCUGGAAGAUGAAAUGGCGAGCAGUGUCCCUCUGCCAGAGACGUUUACCAGUGCCAGCACGAUUAGCGAGAAGCUCAAGGCCCUGAGGGGGUACAAGUGGGGGAUUACCAACCCAGACCUCGCUGAGAAGGAGGACCUGACGCUGUACGGGCCGAUGACCCUAAUCAAACUGCAAGAAGGCCUCCCUGAAGAGUCGUCGAACGUCGCCAGUCGUUCUCUCCACGAAAGCCUGCUCAGGUCAACCAUGGAGACUGCUGGCUUCCCAAGAGCUGCGCAGCUUGUCCUGGACCACACCAUGCUCUCCCGAGCCAAGGAGAAGUACCUGUUUGAUUGCAGGGUGAAUCGUACGGUUGUAGAUGACGAUCCAUGGUUAAAAGACGUGUGGGGCUGGAUAGAAGACGCCGAGGAAGCCUGCCUCGAUGGCGGAAUGCUGGCCCACCCUCUUGAUCUUGGCUUUCUAGGCGUUCAGGCGAUCUGGACAGAGUAUCUUGGUAAGGAGGAAUCUCUGUUGGCAUUUCUUAUGGAAUACACCUUAAUUGACGAAUCAUGCGCAGGCGAAAGGCCAACACUGCGGCUGGCGGAGGGUUCAGGCCCUCCGGACGGAGCGACUUGGGCACGGUGCAUCAGUGCAAUCUGUAAGAGACGCGAUCUACCCGAAUUCGAUGGCAUCGCCACCAAGAAACCUCACCACCGCCAACUGCUUCUCGACGUAUGUGGAUGGGGUGCCGAUACUGCCAUAGAGGAUGCCCUGAUGGAUGGUGAAGUGGACUACAAGAACGCCGAAGGAGGCGCGUCAUGGUAUACGAAGAUGACGGCCCUCGCGCUCUUCCGAGAUGACGCGCAGAAAGCCAUCCGAAUCCUAAAGGAAGGGAGCAAGGCGCAUCCCAAGCUCCUCUUCGUCUCCCUGGCCCUCCAGCUCGUCAGCAGGGCGGAUCGGAGCGAGGCUGCAGAACAGCUCGACUUCGACGAGGUGAUUGCUGCCAAGACGGACCCGUACCUCCGGGCCAUCUCAUCCUUUAUCGCGACGGGCGACUGGGCGGCCAUCGCCACGCAGCGCUCUCUGCCGCUUCGCGACCGCACCUUUGUGGCGGUGCGUAACUUUGAUGAUGACCAACUCACCGAGUGGCUGGCCGCCGAGGUGCAGGAGGCCAUCGAGGAAGGGGACAUAGAGGGUAUCGUCCUGACGGGAAUUACCGACAAGACGGUCGACAUCCUCGCCACCUACGUCUCCAAGUUCCAUGACGUGCAGACUGCCACGCUGAUCAUGUCCUUCUGUGCGCCGCGCUACAUCGACGAUCACCGCUGCACGGCCUGGCGCAAUGCCUACCGCGCGUACCUCCAGCGCCACAAGGCCUUCUACCAGCGCACCAAGUUCGAGGUCGAGAGCACCAAGCGCAGCAAGCGCGACGGCAGGCCGACCAUCAAGCCGCCUUCGCGCCAGAUAGCCCUGCGGUGCGUCUACUGUGACGCCGAGACCUCGCUGCUGCAGACAUCGGCGGCGUCGUCGUCAGCCAACAUCGUGAGCCACGGCCCGGCGGCGGGCAGCAUACCGGGUCCCUUCCACGCCAAUGGCAGGUCGUCCCACAGUCAUAACAACCCCUCGUAUAGCGAGAAGAUGGCGGCGCCCGGCAUCACCUGUCCAAAAUGUAACAGACACCUGCCGCGCUGCGUGGUCUGUCUCGAGGUCGUCGGGGUGCCACGGUCGGACAUGCCAUCCACCGCGGCCGACCCGGACGCCACGAAGCUGGCCCUGCGGUUCCCUACUUUUUGUCUGAAGUGCGAGCAUGUCUUGCACCUGGACCAUGCGCGGCAGUGGUUUGCGAGACACAAUGAGUGUCCUGUGCCGGAGUGUCGCUGUCGGUGUAACUUCAGGGCGAAUCCUGAGAUCAAUUGA